ACAAAAUUGAACCAAAAAAAAAAGGCAAGCCCUUUCUCUCUCUCUUCUCUUCUCUUCUCCUCUCCUCUCCUCUCCGAUCUUCUCUGUGACCCUCGUCGUCUAUUUCGCCAUCUGUGAAUCUAAAGAGACUGUGAUUCUAAAGCUAUUGACUGCUUGGUUGAUUGAUUGAUAAGGAAGAAGCAUUGAUCUCUGAUCUGAAUUUUGUGUACAAGAUGUCGAGAUUUAGAGACAGAACCGAGGAUUUCAAGGAUUCUGUUCGGAAAGCUGCUGUUUCGAUUGGUUAUAAUGAGUCUAAAGUGGCAGCGACAAUGGCGUCUUUUAUUAUACAUAAGCCAAAGGAGAGAUUGCCGUUCACUAGAGCUGCUUUCAAAACGCUGGAAAGCAUCAGGGAGUUGGAUCAGUUUAUGUUGAAGCAUCGAAAGGAUUAUGUUGAUAUGCACCGGACUACAGAACAGGAAAAGGAUAGUAUUGAACAAGAAACUACUCUUUUUAUAAAAACUUGCAAAGAACAGAUCGAUAUUCUCAAAAACAGUAUAAGAAAUGAAGAAGCAAACUCCAAAGGAUGGCUUGGCCUCCCUGCAGAUAACUUCAAUGCUGAUACUAUAGCACACAAACAUGGAGUGGUUUUGAUUUUGAGUGAGAAACUUCAUUCAGUCACUGCCCAGUUUGAUCAGCUUAGAGCUACUCGUUUCCAAGACAUUAUUAACAGAGCUACGCCGAGAAGAAAACCUAAGAGGAUCGUGAAGGAAGCUAAUCCAAUUAACACGACUCUGGCAAAUUCGGAGUCCAUAGAACCUGAUGAAAUUCAGGCCCAACCUCGUAGAGUACAACAACAACAACAACAACUUCUAGACGAUGAGACACAAGCCCUUCAGGUAGAGCUAAGUAAUCUUUUAGAUGGUGCUAGGCAGACAGAGACUAAGAUGGUGGAGAUGUCUGCGUUAAACCACUUGAUGGCAACUCAUGUUCUGCAACAAGCCCAACAGAUAGAGGUUCUUUAUGACCAGGCGGUUGAGGCAACAAAGAACGUGGAGCUUGGAAACAAAGAGCUUUCUCAAGCAAUCCAACGUAACACCAGCAGCAGAACCUUUCUCUUGCUGUUUUUCUUCGUCCUUACUUUCUCCGUCUUGUUCUUGGAUUGGUACAGUUAAAGAAACCAUUUUCCAACAACAAACCUCAUACAGUUUGUGUAGAUUUUGAUUAUUGUUAACUAACGAUAAAUUAUUUGAAAAUUUGGAAAGAGGUGGUUCAAUGUUAAAACAAAAAGUUACGAGACUUUGGAAGGAGCUUUGAUCGAACUCAAGUCUCAUUUAUUACCAAAUUUGACACCUUUGAGAUCAGAUGUCUGAAUAUAGAACUCACAGUUGCCUCGUGGCCAAAGGAGCGACGUAACGAGAGAGAUAACCUAAAAAGGAGUGGACAAAAAAGAUCCCAAAACGGUGUCGUGUGCUACUGUACUUGAGAGUCUCUCACCUUGGAUGUGCUUUUUGACCUCCUCUUCUCUUUCAGUCUCUCUCUCUCUCUCCAUCCAAAACAAUCCCUUUCUCUCUCAUCUCCUCUCUUCUCUUCUCUCUGUCUUCCUCUAUUCAUUAAACCGCCGGAGCAAAAACCCUUUUCUCACAACCCAAAGAGAAAUGCGGUCCUAAUGCAAUAUUGAUUCAUAGAA